AUGAAUAAUAAUAUGCAAACAAGCGAUAAAAAUGUUAUGGAAAAUGAUAAAUUAAACUUCGAAAGUGAAGCUAGUAAAUUACUCGAUUUGAAAACCACUGGUAAUUAUGGAGUAUUUGGAUUAGGAAAGGAUACUAACCUUUCUAUUGCCAACACAAAUAUAAGAGAUGGGGAUAUACAAAUGGACAUAGAUUUUAUAGAUAUGGAAAAAGAGUUAGAUUUAUUAAAUGAUGAAAAUUAUAAAAAAAUAUUAGAAGGCAACAAUAACAAUAUAAAUAAUGGUAGUAACAUAAAUGGAACAGCAAUAGAUGUAGGAAAUAGUAGUAUCUCCAAUUUCCCCGGUGAUGAUAAUAUGAUUGAAUCUCUUUGUAUUAAUGAACUUAAAAGUGAAGAAGAUGAUCACCUAUUUAGUGAUCGAAAUUACGCAGACAAAGAUGAAUUAAUUUCUAUGUUAAGAAAAAAACUCAAGUUUAAAACAAAAGAUUAUAAUUUAAUUAUGGAUACAUUGAUAAGAACUAAAGAAGAAUGUAGUAAAAAAACUGAUCAAAUAAAAGAAUUGCAAACAAAUAAUAAUAAAAUUGAAAAGGAAUGUUUUGAAUUAAAAAAAGAAUUAGAAAGAAAAAAUAGUCAAUCAAAUUUAAAUAUUGAAAAUCAUUCUUUUUAUAAAAAGGAAUAUGAUGAAAUAAAAUAUAAACUUGUAAUUUGCGAAGAUAAAUAUAAAGAAGUUUUAAAAAAAAAUGAAUCAUUAAAUAAAGAAAUAACCAACUUAAAAAAUGAAAAAAUAAAAUAUGAAAUUAAUAAAAAAACGGAGAUUGAAAAAUUUAAAUUAGAAGAAGAAAGGUUAAGAGAUGAAAAUGAAAAACUAACAUCUAAAGGAAAUUUGUUAAUAAAUAAAUAUCUCGAAGCUGAAAAAAAAUCGUAUGCUAUAGAACAAAAAUAUAAAGAGGAAAUACAAAAUUUAAAAAAUAUUCUGAAUAAGGAAGAAAUUAAUAAAAAAAAUUCUAUCCAAAAUUUUGCUAAAGUUAAAGAUAUAUUAUCACAAUCUUUGGCAAAAUCAGAGGAAAGUUACAAACAAGUAGUUCAAGCGGAAAAAGAAAGAGAUAAUUUAAAAGUACAAAAUGAGAAUUUGCAAAAUACAAUUAAUGAUUUAAAAGGAAAAAUUGAUAAUUUAAAAAAUUGCAUAAAAAUAUUUGAAAAUAAAUAUAAAGAAAUCAUAAAAAAAAAUAAUAACAUGUUUGCAAUUACACAUGAAUUUAUUAAUCAAAAAAAUUGUAAAAUAAUAAUUUUACGAAAAAAUGCAGAAAUUAAAGAUGUUUUUGAAAAGUAUAAAAUUAAUAAAAAUAUAUUUCAAAGCAUUAAUGAUUUUUCAGCAUUAUAUAUUUAUGAGAUUCUUUUACAAAACUCUUCUAAAAUAGAUGAAACUGAAAUGACUGAAUUUGAAUCAGGUACAUAUGAUAUAAAUGAAAAUGAUGAUAAAUAUAUUAAAAUUAAAAAAAAAAAAUAUAUAACAUUAAAUUAUAUGCUUAAUGAAGCACAAAUUAAAAUAAUUACAUUAACAAAAACAAAAGAACAUUAUGAAAAAUUAUAUUCCAGUGGUAAGAAUAAUUUACAUAAAGAUGAUGAAUCCAUUUAUAAAAAACAUUAUUUAUCUUCUGAUAUGACAAAUUUAUAUAAUGAAAAAGUUCAUUUUGAAAAUAAGUUAGUAGAAAAAAUUGAAUAUAUAAAAAAUUUAGAAAAUAAAUUAAAGGAAAAGGAAAGUUUGAUAGAAAAAUCUGUAGAAACAAACAUGAGAUUACGAUUAGAAAAAGAUACACUUAUUAAGGUGAUAUCUGCUACUCCAGAAUUUAUAUCAACAGUACAUCAAAAUAAUGCAAACUAUUCUAUUCAAGCAUUUGUUGAGCACACAGUUAUAGAAUAUGUACAAAAGUAUGAACGUCAAAAAAGGGGUAAUAAUAAUAAUAAUAUGAUAACAUCAUCAGUAAUUGAUGAUUAUAAUCAACAAACCCCAUCAUGUGUUAGUAAUAAUUCUGGUGGUAUAAAAUUAAGUCACACUGAAGAAUAUAAUCAAAAAAAUUUAAUGUCAAAUUUAGUAAUAAAUAAUAUACAUGAAAGAAAAAUGAAAAAAAAAGAUUUUUCUAAUACAACAUAUAAUGGAAAUGAAGAAGGUCAUACACACAGUAAUGUAGAUAAUACAAAUUAUAGUAAUAAAGAGGAUGGUUCAUUUAUUGAUGAAUAUUAUUAUUCACCUUCUUCAUAUGCAAUAGAACAAAUUAUGGGAAAUUUAGAAAAAGCUAUUGUAGAGAUAGAAAAUACACAAAUAGCAUAUUUUCGAAAUAGUAAUUUACUUACUUAUAUUGAUGAUUAUAUGCUAACUUUGCAAAUAUUUAAUCGGAUAUCUGAUUAUAAUGAUGCAUAUAAAAUUGAAAAUUUGCUUGAAGAUGAAGAAUAUAGUUUUAUUAUAGAUAAAGCAUGUAAAAAUGUUAAUAAUAAUGAUGAUGAUAAUACUUUUCUUGGCUCAUAUCCAAGUGAGGAUAAUAAAAUCGGAAUAAUAAUAACAGAGUUAGAAAAAUGCAAAAAAAAUUAUAGUGAUGAAGAAUUGCUUCAUUUAUUUGAAGAAACCAAAUUGUUAGAAAAAUAUAGAAAAUUUUAUCAUGAUCAUUUUGUAAAUAUUAAUAAUAUAUUUAACAAGUUUAUAUCUUUAAACUUAUUUAAUGUUGAAACAAAACAUAAAAAUGUUUAUGAAAGAUAUUUUAAUUUAUUUAAUUUAAAUUUUAGUAAUGUUGAAAUUUCAUUUGAUUUAUUAUUAAAAAGGUUUUAUAAAAUAUUAAGAUUGUCAAAAACUUAUGAAAAUUUAAUUAUAGAAAGAGACAAAAAAAUACAAGAUAUAAAUAAUGCACAAAUAAAUUUAUAUAAUGAUAAGCAAGGGUUACAAACAAAUGUAGAACUAAUUACAAAAGAAAAGGAAUAUCUCGAAAAAUUGAUUAUAAAAAAAGAAAAUAAUGUAAAAGAAAUUAGUGAAAAAUAUUUCCAAUUAGAAAAGGAAUAUAAUGAAUAUAAAAAUAAUAAUAGUUUAAUUUUAGAACAAUAUGAAAAUAUAAAAAAUCAAAAUUAUAAUUUAGAACAAGAAUUAUCAAAAAAAGAGUUAAAAAAUAAUACCUUAAAUGAAAAAAAUUGUGAAAUCAUAAAUUUAUAUGAAAAAGAAAAAGCAUGUCUACAAACACUUUUACAUGAAUCAAAAGAUGUUAAUAUGUAUUUAAAAGAAAAAAUGGAAACUUUGUUAAAUAAUAAUGAACGUAUGAAAUAUGAUUAUGAUAUUCGAUUAAAUAAUUUAAAUGCUUUAUGGAUGGAAGAAAAAGAAAAUAAUAAAAAAUCAAAUUUUAAUGUAAAUUCUUUAAAAAAAGAAAAUAGCAAUUUAUUAAUCAAAAUUAAUGAAAUGCAAUCAAAAAAUCAAUUACUUAAAGUUGAACUUUCUGAACGUAUUAAACAAAUAAAUAUGUUCAAAACUAGUAUAAAUUCUCAAAAAAAUAAUAAAGAUAUAUCAUCAACAGUUGGAUACACAUUAAAUAGUGGUAUUAAUAAUGGUUCUAUUAGUGAUGAUUUAUCUGGAAAGAUUGAGAAAAAACGUAUAACUCAUGGAGAUUACUUAAUAGAUGUAGAUCAAAAUUGUAAUUAUUUUUUAAAUAUAGAUGUAACUGCAUGCAAAAUAGAAUAUGAAGAAAAGAUAAAAAAACUUGAAGAAAAUAUUACUGAUUUAAACACAGAGAUAUUAAAAUUAAAAGGAGAAAAAGAAAUAUUAUUAAUAGCAAUCGAAACUUGGAGAUCUUUUAGUGUCGAUAGUAAAGACGAAAUUAAACACUUAAAAAAAAUGUGUAAUGAACAAAUAGAAAAACAUAAAGAAUUUAUAUUAAUAAAUAAAACUAAUGAAGAUAAACUAAAAUUUGUAAAAAAUUUAUUAAUGUGUGAAAAAGAUAAAUAUGAAAAAGAUGUAGAUAAUAUAAAAGAAAAAUUAACAAAUAAAUUAGAAACGGUAAGUAAUGAAUUAAAAGAAAAAACUCUUGAGAUUGAAAAAUUAAAAUUAACAAAUGAAAAAUUAUUACUUAAGGCACAAAUUAUUGAUAAUGGUAAAAAUGAUGAAAUGAAUAUGAAAAAAAAAGAAGAAGAAUAUAUAGAAUUGUUAAAAAAAGAAAAAGAAAAUGUUGAAAAAAAAUUUGAAAAUACAUCUGAAAAAUAUAAUGAACAAAUUAAUUUAAAUAAAAAACUUACAGAUGAUAUUAAUUUGCUUAUUUCAACACACAAAGAACAAGUAAAAGUCUUAAAUGAACAAAUUAAUAUUUUAAAAAAAGAUAAUAAAUAUUUAUCAGAAAAUUUAGAAAAAGAAGUUGAAAUUAGUGAUAAUAACUUAAUCAUUAAAAAUAGAUUAGAACAAUUAGUAGAAAUAAAUAAAGAUCUUUAUAAAGAAGUUCAAGAAAAUUAUAAUAAUACUGAAAAAAUGAAAUUCAAAAUAAUCGAAUUAAAAGAAAAUAUAAGAGUACAAAAAGAAACACAUUUACAACAACAAAAAUGUAUUAUUGAACUUCGAACAAAAUUAAUUGAUAAUAAUAUGGCUAGUCAAAAAGAUGAAUAUGUUUCAAAUUUAAAAAUGAAUCUUGAAUCAUCAAGAAUGCAAUUAAAAGAUUUAUGUGAUCAACUUGAAAAGGGAAAUUUAAAUGAAAAAAAAUGUAACAUGAAAAUUCAAAUGUUGGAAACUAAAUUAAUUAAAGAAGAAAAAGAAAGAAAAAGAUAUCAAAUUGAAUUAGCUAAUAAAAAUAGCACCGAUUCAAUUUCUUAUAAUAAAUUAAAAACACAAGUUGAAAUGGUUACAGAAGAAAAUAAAAUAUUAUUAUUGCGAAAAGAAUGUUAUGAAAAAGAAAUAGAACAAUUAAAAAGAGAUUCACAAUUUUUUAAUUCAACUAAAAAUAAUGAUAUAAAUAUUAUUGAAAGGGAUGUGUUGAAAAAACAAGUAGAAGAACAUAUAACAAAAAUAAAUGAAAAGGAUAAACAAAUUGUUAAUCUUAAUUUUGAAAUUAAAAAAUUAUAUAAUCAACUAGAAGAAAUGAAAGAACGUAUGAAUAGAAUAGAAACUACGACACCGAUAUUGGAUGGACCAACCGAUGAAGCAUCUACAUUGAAUAUAGACAAUUCCAAAACAUCACAAAAUAAUCAACUAUCACUUGAAAUAUAUAAAUAUAUUAAUGAAAAUAUUGAUCUAACUGCAGAAUUAGAAAAUAAAAAUGAUGUAAUUGAGCAAAUGAAAGAAGAUAUUAAAAAUAAAAAUAAAGAAAUAGCCAAACUUAAUAAAGAUGUAAUAAAUUUAUCAACAAACUAUGAUAAAUUAAAAGAAUCAAUAUAUAUGAUGGAAAAACAUAAAACAAAUUUAAAUGAAUAUAUAAAACAAAAAGAUGAGAUAAUUAGUUUGUUACAGCAAAAAGGUAACAAUAAUAAUAAUAGUCCGACAAAAUUUUGUAAUUUAGUAGAAAAUAACAAUACAAAUAAAAAUGGGGCUAAUGAAGAUGAUUUUGAUUCUCCAAUUAAAUAUAACAUAAAUUUGAAAAAUAAUAAUUCAAAAGAAAUUGAAGAAAAGAUUAUGGGAAUGGAAGAAAUUAUGAACACAUCAUGUGAAGAAGUAAUAAAUACAUUAAAAAAAAUACCACAAACUAAUGUCGAAAAUGAUGAUAAUAAUAAUUUAAAUUCAUCUAAAAAUCAAGAAUUUUCUGUAAAUUCAGAUCAUAUAACACUAAUAAAAUGUAAUAUUUUGAAAAUGUUUAAACUAGGAUCUUGUUAUUUAUAUAUUAUUAAUAGAAACUUAAAAGAAAUAAAAAUUUUGAAAGAUAAAAUACAUUCUUUUGAGGAAAAUAUUCAAAGUUUAAAUUUAUUUAUAAAUAAUUUAAAAGAUCAACAUAAGAAUAAUGAAAUGAUAAAAAUAAAUAAUGAAGAACAAAUUGUAGAAUUAAAAAAUAAUUUAAAAAAUAAUGAAAAUUGUAUAAAUAAUUUAAAUGAUAAUUUAAAACAAAAAGAUGAAAUGAAUAAUUCAAAUAUUCAAAAUUUAAUUAAAUAUAAAAGUUUUAUUAUUAAUUUAGUAUAUCAAUCAAAUAUAUUUUUUCAUAUUUUUAAAAAUAUAAAUAAACAAAAGGUUAUACAAAAUUCAAUAUUUAAUCAAUUAACACAACUUCGAAAAGAACUAGAUUUUUAUCUCAAUGAUUCUAUAAUGAUUUCAGAAUUAGAGAACAAAGAAAAAUCGAAUUUAAAUAAUUUUGAAAAUAAUUUAUUAAAUAUAGUAUCUACUUUUUCUUGUGAAAAUUAUGAACAUAUUCAAAUAUUUACAAAUAAAUUUAAUUUGAUUAUUGAAAGAGGACAAUUUUCUAUUUUAGCUGAUAGUAAAAUUCAGCCAUCUCAAAAUGAGAAACAAAGUGAAAACCAAAACGAAAAACAAAAUGAAAACCUAAGUGAAAACCUAAGUGAAAACCUAAGUGAAAAACAAAAUGAAAACCUAAGUGAAAAACAAAACGAAAAAAGUAAUAAUUUCUUAUCGAAUAUUAGUUCUUAUUUUCAAAGUUCAAAUAAAUAUAAUAAUGCACCCACUUUUAAAGAAUUAAAUGAAAAUACUACCGAACCUCAAAAAGAUACACAAAUUCAAACGGUUCAAAUAUCUCAAGAAAAACAAAAUGAAGAAGAAAAUACAAAAAAUGAAAACAUAAUAGACACACAAGUAAAUAAUGAAAAUUAUCAAAUUGAUGCGCUUAAAAAUGAAGAAUAUAAUGAUGAUCAAAUGUAUAGUGUUGAAGAUGAUGGGUCAGAAGAAGAGGAAUAUCGGUUCAACGAGGAGCAUGCCGAGGUUGAAAUAGAUGGAAAACAGGCCGAGGUUGAAACAGAUGGAAAACAUGGCGAAGUUGAAAUAGAUGGAGAACAGGCCGAGGUUGAAACAGAUAGAAAACAUGGCGAGGUUGGAGAACAUGACGAGGACAUGUUAAACGAUAGCAAAGAAAAAGAAAGCUCAAAUAUAGAAUCAUAUAAUGAGUAUAACAGCAAUAGAGAAGAAUAUGUAGAUGUGAGUGAUAAUGAUGAAGAAAAAGAGGGAGAUGAAUUUAAUUAUUCGAAUAAAGAAAAAAGUAGUAUAGAUAAUAACUAUGAUGAGAGCAAUUGUGAUAAAAGCAAUUGUGAAGAAAAUGAAACUUUACAAAGAUAUGAAGAGAAUGUGAUAGUAGAAAAUGGAAACAAUUUGGGUGAAAAGGAAUUAUUAACAUCAAAUGUUGAGUCAAAUUUAUUUGAAAAUGAUGACAAUAAUAAUGACGAUAAUAAUGAUGACAAUAACGGCGAUAAUGGAAAUAAUAUAGUGUCAGAAGUUGGCGAAGAAAAUAAACUUUUAGGUGAUAAUUCAGUUAAUCACAUAAAUUAUGAAAAUAUAAAAACAGAUGUAGCUGUAAAUGUAGAUAUAGAUGCAAAUACUUCGAAUCUACAAAAUGAAGAAAAUAUAUCUCCAUCUGCUUUUAGUAAUAAACUCGAAAAUCAGAAUAACACUUUUGUAAAUGAUUCUACUCGCUCAUACUUGUCAGAAUGUGAAUUUAAUUCUUUUGAUAAAAAUGAUAAUCUUAAAAUCAAAGAAUCGAAAAAAAGAAAAUAUCAUUCCGACACAGAAAUAGUUAAACAAAAUAAUAAUAAUAAAGUAGAAUACACAAAAAAAAAAAUGAGAAAAAUGAAUAAUUCGCACAAGUUUACUAGCAGAGGUACAUCAGAUGUGACAGUGGAAAGUCCAACUCCACAAAAAUUAAGUGAAAAAUUAAGUGAAAAAUUAAGUGAAAAAUUAAAUGGAAACAUAAAUGGAAAUAUAAAUGGCGACGAUAAUGAAAACGAGGAUGAUGAGAAUUAUGCAAGUGAAUCUUUUGAUAACUAUUAUGAUGAAAAAAAAAAAUAUGAAAUAUUGGAAAAUAUAAGCAAGCUAAAUCAAGCAUGUAAUAACAACAAUUUAGAUGCAACUAGCGAUGGAAACAAUUAUGCGAAAAAAAACGAACACAACUUUUUGAUGAAAAAUGAUAAAGAAUCUCAAAAUGAAAAUGCAAAAGAAAGUGAUAGUUGUUAUGUCAUAUCAUCUGAUGAUGAUAAUAGACAAAUUCAAGAUUUCGAAGAGGAUGAAGAGGAUGAAGAAGAUGAAGAGGAUGAAGAGGAUGAAGAGGAUGAACAGGAUGAAGCAGAUGAAUAUGAUGAAUAUGAUGAUGUCGAAAAUGAUGACGAAUAUGAUGAAGAAUACGAAGAAGAGGAAGAUGAUGGCGAAAUGGAUGAGGCGGAUGAUGGCGAAAUGGAUGAGGCGGAUGAUGGCGAAAUGAAUGAGGCAGAUGAUGGCGAAAUGGAUGAGGCAGAUUAUGAUCAAUUUGAUUCAAAAGGUGAAUUAAAUAGUAGCAUAGAUGAUGAUAGCAAUUCUGAUGAUGCAGAUAAAGAUAUGAUAGAUUAUGAUGAUAUCGAUAAUAUAAAUGAAAAUCAAAAUGAAGAAGAUAGCGAAGUUGAAAAUGAAGAUGAUAACAAUUUCUUAGAUGAAAAAAAUAAAAAUAAAGAUCCCGUUAUUAGUAUUGCAACAUCAGAUGAUGGGCAAGAUGAUGGACAAAACGAUGGGGGCAAUGAAGAUCAAAAUGAGACAUACAAUGAGUGA